UGAGAGAUGACGUGAGCCGGAUACAUUCAAUCCAUGGGCAGUUAUGUCCCUUUGUUAGACUUACUUUACCAGGAAGUGAUACGUUAUUGAAUUUCUUACUUCAUGCCAAUUGUGAUCAGUUGCCGGUUUUGAUAUUCCCCGAAUUCGUGACCUGAACUGGUCCUAAAAUAGUGCUGACAGUGUGGGUUUUCCCCUAACAACGCCCCAGUCUCAACGAAACAGGUUUACCGUUAGGUUUUCUCCGCUACUCUACCCCGUAAAACACACGGCACAGACAGGAGGUUCUCAAGUCGAAGAAAAGAUGGAGUGCGACGACUGCGUGAGGUUCCUUCCUGACAUAAAGACAUGUUACAAAUCUGAGAAGCACGUCCUGUCCAUGCACGUCGAGUACUGGGUGCUGGGCCAGAGCGGCAAGAAAGGGGACGAACGCAAGAAAGAACACGUCAAACAGUUCACAGAGACGUUUUUCAAGAACGUCUGCAGCUUACGUAACAGUAAAGGUGGCGUCCUUGCCAUUCACGUACAAAACAAGAACGACAACAGUGGCCCAUGUUUGGACGAUUUCGAUCAGAAGGUGUCCAAAGACCUUUCCUACAUGAUAGAAGAUGACAGUCCAUAUGUGUUCAACUACCAAAGGAGAUGGUUUGUGGAUGAAAGUGGUCGAUAUAGUGGAGAUAAAUACAUUGUGGUCAUUGUCAAAGGCUCGUCGUCAGUUUCUACUAAAAGCUUCAACACCUUGGUGCCAUACGACGGAAGCAAGGAACGAGCCAGAGCUCGCGAAUUGGCUAUGUAUAUGUCAGAGGACCGGAGAUACGGACUCUGCAUCAAAGAAGGUUGCCUAUAUGUGAAGGGAGGUUAUAAAGAAGGAGAACAUGUUGAUAUUAUCGAGUCAAGGGGUGUGCAGUUUAAGAGCAUGAGCGAGGAGGAUCUGAAGAAGGACAUCCUUGACCAUGGAGACAUUGGAAGGGCUGAAGGGAUAGUCUUCAGGCUGAUAGAGAAGCUGCACUUGUUACAGUACAUCACGACAUUUUCGAAGCUUGUUACAGGGGGGUCAUUCUUCCUAGGUAUUGAGGAGGAGAAGGGGGUGAUCAUUAAUAAGACUGUGAACACACCCGUGGAGCAGGAGCGUGGCAGAGAAAGGAGCCGAGCUCGUCAGAGACUGGAGUUUCACGAUGAAGUACCAUCCAACAUCUGUGAAAGGAACAGCGAGAGGACCAAAUCAAGGAGGUCUGAAAGGUACAAGGAACAUGGCGGUCAGAGAUCCACUCGGGACGAACGCGGUAAUAAGAGACCCACACGUGCGUCUCGUGAAGAGGGCAGAUAUCCGAGAAGUGUACACAGUGACAGGUAUUCAGAACGCGACAGGUCACGGAGCAGAUCACGUGAAGAUCAGAAGAGUCCUCGCACUGCAAACCUUGCAUCUGGAUCUAAUCCUCGACACGCAUCAACCUCAUCAUCAAAAUAUCCCAUCCCAAAAUCUACAGCUUCUAAAGUAUCUGGAACUGAGCCCCGACUCGCAUCCUCCUCUUCAUCCUCUUCAUCAAGAUCUUCCAUCCCUUCCUCUACACCUUCUGAAACACGUGGACGAGUUGCGCCAGACUCUACACACAGAGGACAUAGAACGAGUAGAGUGGCCGAUCCAGGUAGAGAGGGACAUGAAGGGAUGCCGUAUGACCAGCACAGAGGACAUAGAACGGGUAGAGGGGCCGAUCCAGGUAGAGAGGGACAUGAAGGGAUGCCGUAUGACCAGAACAGAGGACAUAGAACGAGUAGAGGGGCCGAUCCAGGUAGAGAGGGACAUGAAGGGAUGCCGUAUGACCAGAACAGAGGACGUGAAAGGUCUGGCAGCGGGUCGGACUCCAGGAAGGAAGGGAAUAGAAAACAGUCUCGUUCUUUUCCACCUCUAACUAUUGAAAACAAAUACAGCUCCCCUCUUUCACCACCAACACCUGUGUCAGCAUCUCCACGUUCUCCAAUGAAGUUAAUGAAAACAGGACAUAAUAUUGUGAGGGGGUUUCAGCUGGAAGCGUCCGAUACUGGAGAACUGGUCAACUUGCUUAAGAAGGAAAUAUCACAGAAUAUGAUGUGGCUGAGGUCGGAUGGUGACUGUUUGACUGUGUGUGAUAUUGACAAAGCUAUCGCUGUUGAACUUCACUCUGUUGGGCAGUCAAAGUACGUCCUGGAGGUGAACGUGAAGGAGUUGUUCCCUGGGCUGGUGUUCUUCACCAAGGAGGGACCAGAGGCGUAUCGGCUGGAACAAGGGAUGCCUGUGAGGAUUGGGGAAACUGAAUGGAUGGAGCUGUUGAAGUCUGCAACAAAAUGUGCCGCCUGCAGUAACUUUGGUUGAGAUGAUGAUGAUGAUGGUGAUGAUGAUGACGAUGAUGAUGGUGAUAAUGAUCGUGAGGUGUAGUCGUGUGAGUGAAUGUAUACUGCAGCACAUGCAGGGAACGUUUUCUCCACUGGACAUAGGAGGUUCAAAUGAGUUACCGUAUUCGACGUAAUAAUUAUAAGCGCCUAGGGCGCUCUCAAAAUUAGAAAUAGGGAGCUCUCAUUAGAAUAUAAUUUUGGUGAGAAAAAAACCAGAGUUGGAAGAUUGUAAAUUUUGUG